AUGACUGAUACACCACUGUCAAUGGCCUACAACGAUGGCCCCUACCACGCCUGGUGCAAAGACAACGGAGCCAAUGUGUCCACUGAUACAAUAUUGGCCAUCUUUGCAAACCUUGGUCGGCGGUUUGGAUUCCAGGACGAUAAUGUAAGCAACAUGUACGAGUUGUUUAUGACGCAGUUGGACUCUCGAUCAAGUAGAAUGAAUUGCUCAGAGGCAUUGUUGUCCCUACAUCUACAUUACAUUGGAGGUGAUUCUGCCAAUUACAAGAAAUGGUACAUGGCUGCUCAGUAUCCCUAUGAAGAUGAAAUAUGGACCCCCAAGGACAAGUUUAUAGUCAUGGAUAAUGAUGAAUGGAAACAAAGGUUGCGAGUGUUUCGAGAGGAAGAUUACGUGUUUCAAAUUGCCUUGUAUUUGCUAAUUUGGGGAGAGGCCAACAAUAUCAGGUUUAUGCCUGAGUGCAUUUGUUUCAUAUAUCAAUGUGCAUUGGACUACGUGGGACCUGAUCUUGAAAGAUUCUACUUUUUAGAUAAAGUUAUCACACCAUUGUAUAAGUUUCUUAGGGAUCAGCAGUAUGAUUUGAUAGAUGACAAGUGGAGCAGAAAAGAGAUUGACCAUUCACAAACUAUUGGUUACGAUGAUAUCAAUCAACAUUUCUGGAGUCCCCAAGGACUAUACAAAAUUAGGCUAGACAAUGGAAUUAGAGUUUACAAGCUUAAAAGAAAAGAUAGAUUCAAAGAAAUACACUUGAUAGAUUGGAAGAAAUCAUUAUCCAAAACAUAUAGAGAGAGGAGAACUUGGAUCCAUGUUUUGAGUAACUUCAAUCGAAUAUGGAUUAUUCACGUGUCGGUGUUUUGGUACUUUAUGUCAUUCAACUCGCCAUCCUUAUACACGGCAGACUAUACACCCGACAGGACACCACUAGUGCAUGUUAGAUUGGCCAUUGUGUCUGCAGGUGGUGCUUUGGCCGCCUUGAUCUCCCUUUUUGGUGCAAUUUCCGAAUUCUUAUUUCUCAAUAGUAAGAAUUUCAAAAAGUUGAUUACAUCUGCAAUUUUAUUGAUUUUCAAUAUUGCGCCAAUUGUUGUAAUUUUCAUUUUCCUCCCAUGGUCACAAUAUUCCCACACGGGCAAUGUGGUAUCUGGGCUGUUGCUUACAUUUUCCAUUUUAACGUUUGUUUAUUUAGCAACCAUACCUCCUGGUAGCUUUAGUUCAAUUUUUUCAAAUUCAUUUCCCAAAUUAUCAUUGAGAAGCCGAGCAUUUUCAAUUUCAUUAUGGGUGGUUGUGUUUGCAGCAAAGUACUCAGAGUCGUACUUCUUUUUGAUUCUUUCUUUAAAGGAUCCAAUUCAGAUUUUAUCGACAUUGUCAUUGGAUUGUCGUAAUGGUCAUUUCCUUUGUCCAGCACAGCCUAAAAUUACAUUGUGCUUGUUUUAUUUCACCGACUUGAUCCUUUUCUUUCUUGACACAUACCUUUGGUAUGUUAUUUGCAACGUCAUCUUUUCCGUUGGAUUGUCAUUUGCAUUGGGAGUUUCCAUUUUCACACCGUGGAGAAAUAUAUUCUCAAGAUUGCCAGAUAGAAUCUUGACCAAGGUUUAUCAUGGGGAUUCCUCAAACAGUUUGAUAUUGGUCAUAUCGCAAAUAUGGAAUGGGAUCGUCAUUUCGAUGUUUAGAGAGCAUAUCCUUUCCGUUGAACAAGUGAAGAAGUUGAUUUAUCAACGUGAAGAAGAAGAGGGAAAUGUUAAACCACCAUUGUUUUUUGCUAAUGAAGAUGACAAUACAUUCAAGUUAUUGGCAUACAUCAAAAUAGAAGAGGAAUGGGAGAGAAGAAUCACUUUUUUUGCCCAAUCAUUAUCAAGUCCUCUUCCAGACUCGUUUCCAGUGGUGUCGAUGCCGGCAUUCACGGUGCUCAUCCCUCAUUACUCAGAGAAGAUUCUUUUAGGGUUGAAAGAUUUGAUCAAGGAACAAUCUUUUUCAAAGUUGACUUUGCUAGAGUAUUUGAAGCAACUACAUCCCAAUGAAUGGAGAUCGUUUGUCAAGGAUAGCAAAAUGAUUCAGUCAAUAGAUGACGAAGAUGACGAUGACUUGGAUGAAUAUGAAAAAUCCAAAGAAAAUGAGGAUUUGCCCUACUAUUGUAUUGGGUUCAAAGAUUCAGCACCUGAGAAUACAUUGAGAACAAGAAUCUGGGCGGCAUUGCGUUGUCAAACAUUGUACCGCACAGUUUCUGGGUUUAUGAAUUACGAAGUUGCUUUAAAGAUUUUGUAUCGUAGUGAAAACAUUGGGUUUGAGAGUGAGGGUGACUUAUUUAUUGAACGAGAGAUGCAAGAGUUUGUGGAUCGCAAAUUUAGUUUGAUUGUGGCCAUGCAAAAUUUCCAAAGUUUCUCCACAGAAACUGCCGACGAUGCCGACGUAUUGUUUCGAGCAUUUCCUAAUGUAAAGAUUGCUAUUUUGGAAGUGGAAAAUGGCACUUAUUAUUCAACCUUGUUGGAUGUAUCGCAACGGGAUCAUAACGGGAAUUAUCGUAAAAGGUUCAAAAUCCGAUUAUCAGGGAAUCCAAUUUUGGGUGAUGGCAAAUCCGAUAAUCAAAACAAUGCCCUCAUUUUUUACCGAGGUGAGUAUAUCCAAGUUAUUGACUCGAACCAGGAUAAUUAUGUUGAGGAAUGCUUGAAAAUUAAAUCAUUAUUGACGGAGUUUGAAGAAAUGGAUCUUGAUGUGUCUCAUGGAUACAUUGCCGAUCCUAUUUUGGAGCCACCCCCCACAGUUGCAAUUGUUGGGUCUAGAGAGUUUAUAUUCUCCCAGAAUAUUGGUAUAUUAGGUGACAUUGCAGCUGGUAAGGAGCAAACAUUUGGCACUUUAUUUGCGAGAACAAUGGGCGAAAUUGGAUCUAAGCUACACUAUGGACAUCCUGAUUUCCUAAAUGGGAUAUUUAUGACAACAAGAGGAGGCAUAUCAAAAGCCCAAAGAGGUUUGCAUCUUAAUGAGGAUAUAUAUGCUGGCAUUACCGCCAUGUGUCGAGGAGGUAGAAUUAAGCACUUUGACUACUAUCAAUGUGGAAAGGGACGUGAUUUAGGGUUUCAAUCAAUUGUCAAUUUCACGAAAAAGAUUGGUGCUGGAAUGGGUGAGCAACUUUUGUCAAGAGAAUACUUUUACCUUGGUACGAAAUUACCCAUUGAUCGAUUCUUGUCAUUUUAUUACGCACACCCAGGGUUCCACAUUAACAACUUGUCCAUUAUGCUCUCGGUCAAGAUUUUCAUGUUUUUGGUGAUGAAUAUGGGUGCUUUGAACCAUAAUACGGUUGAAUGUGAUGAAAAUGAUCCAGUUGCUGGGUGUCAUACAUUGAUGCCGGUAUUGAAUUGGAUCGACCGAUUUAUUCUUUCGGUGUUUGUAUGCUUUUUCAUUUCGUUUCUCCCGUUGAUUAUCCAGGAGUUGAUUGAAAAGGGGUUUGUGAGAUCUGUUUUCCGAGUCAUUUUGCACAUUGUUUCAUUAUCCCCCUUUUUCGAAGUUUUCCUUUGUCAAGUUUACUCUCGUGCAUUGCGUGAUAACUUUGUCUUUGGGGAAGCACGAUACAUUGCCACUGGGAGAGAUUUUGCCAUUUCAAGAAUCUCAUUUGCUACAUUGUACACUAGGUAUGCCAAUUUAUCGAUGUACAGUGGAAUUGAGAUUUUCAUGGUGAUUUUGUUUGGUAUGAUGACUGUGAAGCGGAUUGCCCUUUUGUGGUUUGCCAUCACCGUAUUGGCAUUAUGUUUUGCCCCAUUUAUGUUUAAUCCUCAUCAAUUUAGUUUUAUUGAUUUUUUCCUUGACUACAGAGACUUUAUCCGUUGGUUGUCGAGAGGCAAUUCGAAAGUUAAAGAGUCCUCGUGGAUUCAGUUUUGUCAGAAUGAGAGAUCAAGACUAACGGGAGAGAAAUUUGAAGGACACUUGCUGGGAAGAAAUUCAACCACAUUCAAUUUGCUACUUGGUGAAGUUGCUACGCCCAUGAUUAGUUUUGUCUUGUACUUGAUUCCAUUCUUGUUUUUACAUUCAUCGGAUAAGUUGUUUGUAUUGGAUUUGGCCAAUCCAUUGAUCAAGGUUGCCAUCACCAUAUUCGUGCCAUACGUGUUAAACAUUGUUGUCUUGAUAUUGAUCUGGGUAUUGUCGUUGACCAUGGCACCAGUCUUUGCACUUUGCGUAAAGAAAAUUGCAUCAUUUUUUGCAGCAUUGGCCCAUUUCUUGUCCAUUCUGUUCCACAUCAUCAAUAUUGAAUUUUUAUUGCUAUUGCAAGAGUUUAGCUUUAUUCAUUUGAUAAGUGCCUUGUUGGUUGUUUUCAGUUUUCAUCGCGCUUUAUCAAGCUUCAUAUUGAUCACUUGUGUUUCACGUGAACGAGGAGAGAAUGUGACUAAUAGAGCGUGGUGGUCGGGGAAAUGGUAUCGUAGUGGGUUGGGAUUCAGAGUAAUUACACAAAAUAUGCGUGAAUUGAUUAUCAAAAUGUUGGAAUUGAACAAAUUUACACUUGAUUUCUUUUUGGGCCAUGUUUUACUCUUGGUCAUGUUUCCAUUAUUGUUUGUGCCAUACAUUGAUACGUUACACACGAGUCUCUUGUUUUGGUUGAAACCAAGUCGACAAUUCAAGCGGGGCAUAAUUUCAAAAAGGCAAAAGAGGAAAAGAAAUUGGCAAGUGGUUCGAUACUUUUUCCUUUUCGUUUUGAUAAUUGCCACUUUUAUUGCGUUAAUUGUGAUUCCACCAAUAUUCAAGACACAAUUAUUAAAGUUGCAAAAGAAGUUGACAAAUGUGGUUGUUGCAAAAGGAAAUGAGUGA